AUGGAUACAAGGGUUUGGAACGAAACGUUUAUCAACGGUCAGUGGGCAGAAUUUGUUUGUGACGAAUUCCCAGACCCUCUAGCCAUCUACGUCGACAAUCUGAAGUGCCAUGUGUCCGAGACCGCGCAGGAAGCAUUCGCGUCGUGGGGGACAGAGCUCGUGCCUCUACCAAAAAACACUACUGCUGUACUACAACCUCUGGACGUGGGCAUCAUGGGCCCGUUCAAGAAGAAGCUACGCUCGCUGACGCUAUCCUACAACUUAACCUCCAUCCAGAGGAAUGGGUCCCUGCCUCUGCGGGAGAGACUGCUGGCGCUCAAGCGCAUGUCUGCAGAUGAGAAGAGAAAGCUGCUUGUAGACAGGGUAGUGACAGCGUGGGCGGCCAUCGACGAGCGCUGCAUCAAGCGGGCUUGGGAGAAAGCUGGACUGUAA